AUGUCGUUAUCAUCACUCAGAUCAUCACAGAGGGUGCUCUCAAGAUCUUGUUCCCUGCGAGCACCAUGCCUCAGCCAGACUCGUCUGGCUAGCUCAAACCCUAAAUCCGCCUCUUCUCCGACAGACUCUCAAAACGCUCAAAAGCAGUCAACGCCUCAAUCUCAACCUGAUCAGCCCAAAAAGCACAAGACCUUGGCUGAGAUGGAUGAAGAGCUUCGUCAAAAAAUGGCUGGUCAUGCUGGUGAUGGCGGCGAUGCUGGUAUCGAGUACGAGGACGGUCAACCCGUUUCCAUGAAGCGCUCUGUCAAGAACAACAUGUUCCGCUACAUUUGA